AUGAACCCUGGGAGAACUCACCCGGGAGCGCCCCCUGCCCGCCCCGCGGUACUCACCGGGAGCGCCCCCUGCCCGCCCCGCGGUACUCACCCGGGAGCGCCCCCUGCCCGCCCUGCGGUACUCACCGGGAGCGCCCCCUGCCCGCCCUGCGGUACUCACCGGGGGCCGCCCCCUGCCCAUCCUGCGGUACUCACCCGGGAGCGCCCCCUGCCCGCCCUGCGGUACUCACCGGGGGCCGCCCCCUGCCCACCCGGCGGUACUCACCGGGAGCGCCCCCUGCCCGCCCCGCGGUACUCACCCGAGAGCCGCCCCCUGCCCGCCCUGCGGUACUCACCGGGGGCCGCCCCCUGCCCAUCCUGCGGUACUCACCGGGGGCCGCCCCCUGCCCAUCCUGCGGUACUCACCGGGAGCGCCCCCUGCCCGCCCUGCGGUACUCACCGGGAGCCGCCCCCUGCCCGCCCUGCGGUACUCACCGGGGGCCGCCCCCUGCCCACCCGGCGGUACUCACCGGGAGCGCCCCCUGCCCGCCCCGCGGUACUCACCCGGGAGCGCCCCCUGCCCGCCCUGCCGUACUCACCCGAGAGCCGCCCCCUGCCCGCCCCGCGGUACUCACCCGGGAGCGCCCCCUGCCCGCCCUGCGGUAUUCACCGGGAGCGCCCCCUGCCCGCCCCGCGGUACUCACCGGGGGCCGCCCCCUGCCCGCCCCGCGGUACUCACCGGGAGCGCCCCCUGCCCGCCCCGCGGUACUCACCCGAGAGCCGCCCCCUGCCCGCCCUGCGGUACUCACCGGGGGCCGCCCCCUGCCCGCCCUGCGGUACUCACCGGGAGCGCCCCCUGCCCGCCCCGCGGUACUCACCCGAGAGCCGCCCCCUGCCCGCCCUGCGGUACUCACCGGGGGCCGCCCCCUGCCCGCCCCGCGGUACUCACCGGGAGCGCCCCCUGCCCGCCCUGCGGUACUCACCGGGAGCGCCCCCUGCCCGCCCUGCAGUACUCACCGGGGGCCGCCCCCUGCCCACCCUGCGGUACUCACCGGGAGCGCCCCCUGCCCGCCCUGCGGUACUCACCCGGGAGCGCCCCCUGCCCACCCGGCGGUACUCACCGGGGGCCGCCCCCUGCCCAUCCUGCGGUACUCACCGGGAGCGCCCCCUGCCCGCCCUGCGGUACUCACCCGGGAGCGCCCCCUGCCCACCCGGCGGUACUCACCGGGGGCCGCCCCCUGCCCGCCCCGCGGUACUCACCGGGGGCCGCCCCCUGCCCACCCUGCGGUACUCACCGGGAGCGCCCCCUGCCCGCCCUGCGGUACUCACCCGGGAGCGCCCCCUGCCCGCCCCGCGGUACUCACCGGGGGCCGCCCCCUGCCCGCCCUGCGGUACUCACCGGGGGCCGCCCCCUGCCCCCCCGGCGGUACUCACCCGGGAGCGCCCCCUGCCCGCCCUGCGGUACUCACCGGGAGCCGCCCCCUGCCCACCCGGCGGUACUCACCGGGGGCCGCCCCCUGCCCACCCUGCGGCUCCCGAGACUCCAUCUCCAGCAGGGGCGCUUCCGGCGGGCUCCCGGCUCCUUACCGCCAAAGCCGCCGCUCGGGCCGCCCCCGACCCCGCGUAG